UGCCAGAGAUGGACCUGUGGGAGCAGCUUUCGGGGGUCCUGGCAUCCUCCCUCUGGCAGGUGAUGGCCAGAGGGCACUGCCAGGGGGAUGCCGGCAUCCUGGCCCUCUCUGGUCCCCAGGAGGCAGUGCUGGCCGCCAAGGUGGCCAUCAGUGAGCUGCUGAUCCUGAUGGGCAGGGCAGUGCCCUCGGUGGGCUGGUUCUUCCAGCCAUGCCCAGGGCUCAGCCUGUUCCUCGCGGAGGGAGACGGCACCAGGCUCCGGGUGGGUGCUGUGGUGAGGCUUGGUGGCAAGUCCAGCCCAGACGGCGGGGCCAGUGUGGUGACCCGGAGGGUGCUGAGCCAGCAAGGGGCUCCUCACACCUGCCUGGAGGUCUGCUCCCCGCCGGGGGCCGUAGGACUGGCAGCCGGGGUUGUGCUGCUGACCCUGGAGGCCAUGGCCCGGGCGCAAGUCGCCUCCAGACUCGGAAGGUGUGUGGCUGGUGGAGGCUGUGGCUGAGGCCAUUGACACCUUUGCCCAGGGCCGCUCCGCCGCCUCCCUGAGCAGUGUUUCCAUGGUGGCUGCUGACGGGGCCCUGGUGGCCAUCUUCCAUGGGGCAUGUGCCAAGCGGUGGCCGCUUGGCAAGAGCCGGCAGGAGCUGCUGGGAAUGUCCUCCGGGCCCAGGAGAGAGUCAGCGCCCAGGUGGUCAGCGGAUCCCUCGCUAGCCAGAAGGUCAUACGCCAGAUGGUGCGAAACUGCCUCUGUUCUGUGUACGGCACAUUCCUGGAGUCCGUAUCCUUCCUGCUGCUGGGGGCUGGUCAGACCCUGCCGGCCAUGCUGGAGGAAAUCAGCUGCUUCCUGGAGCACCAGCCCAACACUUGGAUGAAACUGGUGCAAAUUAUCUGCCCGCUGGGACUGCCAGCUCCUCGACUGGUGGCUGAAGAUCCCAACACCCCAGCUGAGGCCUUGGGGUUCUGCUGGCCAGAGCACCCCCUCUUCCUCUGCUAUGUGGAUGAGAGCCCGGCUGUGUGGCGGGAGUUCAAGGGACACCUGGAGGAGGCCGGCUAUGGAUUCUGGGCCUGUCCACCAUGGGGAAUCCUGACCUUCCCGGCAGUGGCCAGCCCUGUGGAGCUGUAUGGCUGGGAAGCAGUGUUUCGCUCGGUGCGCCAGCAUUACGUGGUGUAUCACGAGGGCCGGGAGGAUCUGCUGGAGGCCCUGGCUGCCGAGCCGUCCCUGGUGAAGGAGUUUGGGUCCAUCCGGGUCUAUGACGGGGAGGACUUUGUUGGCUUGGUUGGGGAGAUGGCGCCAUUCCUCCAGCGCCUGACUGUGAGGGCCUUCCAGAGGCAGCUGGUGAGCCAGGAGUACCUGUCCGAGCCACUGCCCAGGUGGGUCAUCGUCAAGGACAUGGUGGAGAAGGAGCUUCCUGACCCCCAUGUCAGCAUGGAGCUUCGAAAGGGCACCCCAGCUAUCAUCACCUUCCAGGGACCCCGCCGGCAGGUGGCCAAGGCGGAGAGCCGGUGCCAGCAGCUGCUCAGGGCGUUCCAGGUCCUGUCGGUGCUGGUCUCGCCUCUACAGGCGCGCUUCAUCCAGGAGCACCAGGAGGAUGUCUUCACCCCCAGCUUCUUCCUGGACCGGGGCAUUGCCGCCAUCCUAGAGCUCCCUGCCGGUGACUCAGGGACUGAGCUGGCCUGGGACUUUCCUGCUGGGCCGGUGCCCUCUGAGGGCAUCUCAGUGGCUGGGCUGGAGCAGGAGAAGCUGCAGCAUGCAGCGGAGCUGCUGCGGACCUUGGUGGGCUGCCGGAUGGUGCUGAUCGAGGAGGCUGUGCACUGGGCCACGCAGGGUCAGGAGUGGGCCGAGCUGCUGGCCGGGCUGGGCGCCUGGCAGGACGUGGCCCUGCACUGUGCCGUGAGCCAGGAGCAGCUGGUGGUGGUGGGCUUUCAGCCCUACAUGGCCCAGGCAGAGGCAGCCGUCCGGGAGUAUUUGCAGAGUAACUCACUGGCUGAGGAGCAACUGGAUGUCCCCUGGCCGGAGCUGGCAGAAGCCGGUGCAGAGCUGCUGCGCUUGAUGGACUGGGAGCAUCUCCAGGUCGCCAUCCAUCCAGCUGCACCCCAACCCUCGGGUGCUGUCCCUGAGGCUGCGGGGCCUCCUGCGCCACCUGCGGUUGGCCAGCAGGGCCAUCAAGGCUGAUCUGGACUCCCUGGUGCUGGGCACAGUGCCCAUCAGGGGCCAGGCCUUGGGCGAGUACCUCUGUGGGGAGGGGGCGACCCUCCUGCAGGACCUGGCCCAGCAGCUCUGCUGCAUGGUGAGCUGGCAAGGAGACCCCCCCUACAAACGGCCCAUCCAGCGCCCGUGGGCAGGUGAGAGCUGUGGGGGGCAGCCUGAGGGCGGGCAGGCCGCCCAGGGUUGCUGGGUUUGUCAGAGUCAGAGAUAUGGGAGCUGGUGCUACAAGAACUGGGAAAGGGGCUGUCUGGGCUGAGAGGACAGGAUGCCUGGGGUCCAUUUCAGGUAUGAGAGGGAAAUGGGGUCUAGUGUGUGGAGCAGGGGGGCUGGGAGCUAUGAUUCCUGGGUUCUCUGCUGGCUCUGGGAGAGGAGUGGGAGUGGGGUCUAGUGGUUAGAGUGGGAGCUGGGGCGGUGUGUGGGUUCUAUUCUCUGCUUUGCCCCUGACUUCCUGCCUCCCUCCCCCUCUUUGUGCCUCAGUUUCUGAGUCUGCGAACCUGGUGAGCGGCCAUCCCGCCCGACCAAGUGUCUGUGUUCCCAUGGCAAGGCAGGGCACCUGGGGAUUGGGGCAGAGGUUUGGGGGAGCAGCACUGCCAUGGGCUGCAUGGAGGAGCCAGUGCCCACUGUGCCUGCUUCACCUGGCUCUGUCCUUCUCCGCAGGGCAGAGCUCUACAGGCUCCCGAUGCCCCAAGGAAGCCCCAGAAGGUGCAGGCAGCUAAGAGCAACACAGGGACCUGGAGGGCUGGGUUGCACUCCCAGUCCAUAGCCCCCUGCUAACCUAGCCCUGGGCUCCCUCCAGCUCUGCCAGUACCUCUCACUCCUGACCCACUGCCCCUGCUAACUGAGCCCCACUGGUGCUGACCCACUUAUUCAGGACCCCUCUCUGCGUUCCCAGGGGCCCCCGAGGGGCUGGAGCUCCGCGUGGUGGGCCGAGAGCCUGAUGUGGGCCGAGUGAAGGCAGCCGUGGCCAGCUUCAUGGCCCAGUUCCACGACGAAAGCAUCUGCAACGCGGAGCUGGUGGCCGUUGGCACCCAGGCCCUGCGGGAGCUCGGCCAGGCCUCGCUACAGAUGCCUUGCCCCGCACUGGGAGCCCAUGGGCGAGAGCCUGGUGAGGCUGGUGGAGCUAGCAGAGGGCUCGGAGGAGUACCGGGAAGUGGCCGAGGGGUUUAAGCGGA